AAUACCAAACCUACUGACCAAGCAUACAGUCAUCAAAGUUACCAGGAUAAAUGAGUUUUAGGCCUACUCUGAAAUCUGAAUAAUUUCAAAAUUUGAACUGAAUUUGUAUUAGUAAACUCAACCAUACUGCUAUGUGCAGUGCAGACUAAUGGAACACGACUUUUCUUCCUUCAUGUCCUCAUUCACAAUACUGAGAAAGUACACUGAAAGACAAGAAACAUCGAUUUUUUUGGCAGCUGCAUUAUAAACAUAGGACUUUAGAAUUUUUCUUCAAUAUCAAUACAGUAAUUUAAAAAAAAAAUGAAUAUCACAGACAUUAAAAGAAAAAGUCAUAUUCCUGCUCAGCAGAUAUCAACUUUUGCAAAAUAUGAGGCAGUACUUGCAAGCAUGAAUAAACUAAGCAUUGACAAGGUUGAUCUGAAAGACAAAAGAGUUUUAAUCAGAGUUGAUUUCAAUGUUCCUGUUAAAGAAGGAAAGAUCACCAGCAAUCAAAGGAUUGUAGCUGCCCUGCCGACUGUUAAGUAUGCUUUGGAGAAGGGUGCUAAAGCUGUGAUUCUGAUGUCUCAUCUCGGCAGACCUGAUGGUCGCCCAGAUCCAAAGGCUAGCAUGAAGCCGGUUGUUGGUGAACUGGAGACAUUGCUAGGAAAGAAAGUCACGUUUCUUGAAGACUGUGUUGGCUCAAAAGUUGAAGAUUUUUGUGCGAAUCCACCAGCAGGUAGUGUCAUUCUGCUGGAGAAUUUAAGAUUCCAUUUAGAAGAAGAAGGCAAGGGCUUAGAUGCAGCAGGUAAAAAGGCUAAGGCAGAUGAUGCAGCAAUCGCAGCAUUCAGAGCUUCUUUGACCAAAUUAGGAGAUGUCUAUGUAAAUGAUGCUUUUGGUACAGCACACAGGGCACAUAGCUCAAUGGUUGGUGUAACUCUCCCUAUUAGAGCUUGUGGGUUUUUGAUGAAAAAAGAACUGGAGUACUUUGCUAAAGCCUUAGAGAGCCCAGCAAGACCAUUCCUUGCUAUACUUGGAGGUGCUAAAGUAGCAGAUAAGAUUCUGCUUAUUGAAAAUUUGCUGGAGAAGGUAGAUGAAAUGAUUAUUGGAGGUGGAAUGGCAUUUACCUUCCUUAAAGUUAUGAACAACAUGGAGAUUGGAAGCUCCUUGUUUGAUCAAGAUGGAGCUAAUAUUGUUAAAAAGAUUGUAGACAAGGCAAAAGAGCGCAAUGUGCAACUACAUUUCCCCUGUGAUUUCAUCACUGGAGAUAAGUUUGCUGAGGAUGCUAAAACAGCCACAGCAACUGUUGCCACUGGUAUUCCACAAGGAUGGAUGGGACUUGAUGUAGGAUACAAAUCUAUUGAAGAUUUUUCAAUUGUGAUUGACAGAAGCAACCUUGUCUUGUGGAAUGGACCACCAGGAGUGUUUGAGUUUGAGAGCUUCUCCACUGGAACCAAACAAAUGAUGGAUGCUGUUGUACGAGCUACUCAGAGGGGAGCUGUUACAAUUAUUGGUGGAGGUGAUACAGCCACUUGUGCUAAAAAAUUCAACACUGAGGAGAAAGUCAGCCAUGUGAGCACUGGAGGUGGUGCUAGUCUUGAAUUAUUGGAAGGUAAAAUUUUGCCUGGUGUUGAAGCCUUGUCUCCCCCAUCCUAAGCAUCACUGCACCAGAACCAGAUCAAUAUUUUAUUCAUCAGCUCACUAUUACAAUAACAAGACAAAUAUUAGACUAAAGCCGUGAUGUGCUUCAUAAUCUUGAAUAUUUUUGUCUUAUAAAUCUAUUAUAGGUAUUUAAUUUUUUUAGGGUUUAGUAAAUAGUUUUCAUCAUUUUAUUUUUACAUGUUUAGUAUAUCAUCUGCCACUAUGAUCUGAUGUAUCUAUCAUAGAGAUUUUAAUUUUGACAAAUUAAAAUGAACCCAUGCACUAUCCUCAAGUGUAUUUGUAUGUUGUUUCAUUUUAACAACUAGCUAAAAAUAAAAAAAAAUUAACUUGUCUUAUGGUGUAAUAAAUGUUUUCUAUAUAUUUAAAUCACAAUUUUCUCAAUAUGUUUUUAAUAAACCUAUUGUUUGAUAUC